AUGGCCAAUCCACGCCAGCGCCGAAAAGCUCGCUCGUCUACCCAUCGUCCUGUCAGCCAAUCCAGGAGAGCAAAGAAAAUACUCAAGAAAACACCUCCCAUACGCGGUCCGAAAGUCUUGCAAGAUGCCUGGGAUAAUCGGAAGACUGUUCGGCAAAAUUAUCUAGCUCUCGGGCUUGUGCACUCCCUCGACCCCCUUGCGUCGGGCGGAGUUGAACCAAAUGAAAGUGCCCCAACGGAGGGUACCACGAGCGACGCACCUAUUAAUCUCAGCGAGGGUCCUUCUGGCGAUGCUGAUAAAAGUGCCCCUCUCCGUAAAGGUUAUGGCCGAAUAAUACGUGACGAAGCUGGAAAUGUAAUCGACAUAGAAUUGCCAAAUGAUGAGGCCGAUGACGCUAAAGACGCCCCACAAGACAUAACGAUGGAAGAUCUUGAACUGCCUAUCGACGAGUCGACGAAGGAAAAAUGGGUAUCGGGGAUGGGCGGACGUCUUGAAGGAAAUGGACCAGUGGAAGCCCUAGAACGCAUAUCUUCCAACACUAAAUGCAAUUCAAACACUGUAUCCGCAUCAAUAACUGGCGCGGGCCCACGACACGCUUCCCAGGGCGAAAUCGCGUACAUGAAGAGACUGGUGGCUAAGUAUGGGCAAAAUACAGAGCAAAUGGCGCGCGACAGAAAGCUCAACCCUGAGCAGCGCACGGCUGCAGAGUUGCGGAAAAGCCUAAGGAGAACGGGAUUAGACGGGGCAAGCCGUCAAUCGUAG